AUGCCGCCCGAAGCCGCUGCUACAAAGGCAGCUGGAACAGCGCCCAAGGCCGGCGGCGGCGGCGGCGGCAGCAAGGGCGGCAAGGGAUCUGGCGCUCCGGCGGCAAAGGCGGCCAAGGCACCGGCCUGGGUGCUGCCGCGCUCCGUCCCGCAGCCCGAGCACAACCACACCCUCUCGCACCUGCUCCAGGUGGCAAACUACUUUUCCUUCCUCGCCUCCCUCUACCGCGCGGCCCCUUCGAACCCUUCCGCCCCGUCCACGACCACCGGACAGCCCUCAGCUCCAUCGCGUGCCGAUAUCGAGGCAGAGCGGCAGCGCCGGCGGAAGGAGACGCUGCAGUCGCUCUCGUCGCGCUACACCCGGGAUACGCUCAGCCUGUCGCGUAAAGCGGUGCUCCGGCUCGACGUAGGCGUCAAGAGGGGCCUGUGCCGCUGCGGCAUGGCCAGGAUGGGCGGAGGCUGGAAGGCCAAGCGCAACGGGCCGCACGGAAAGGUGCUCGUCCAGCGGUGCCCAUGCGGCGGCAGGAAGAGAUGGCCCGCCUCGAGGGCUUGGCCCGAUACCGCGCUGCCAGUACUGACGGCUGCGACGACGGUCGAGCAGGGCGCAGCUCAAGGCGUCUCCGGAGCUGGCAGAGUCGACAGCGGCAAGGGAACACAAAAGGAGGCGGCCAGCGAGGUCAUGGCCAUGGCCGGACCUUCGCAGUCCGCGGUCGCAGCCGCGGUUGCUCCCGGAGGACAACCUGCCAAGCGGAAAGCGCCUCCUUCUGCCAUCGACCAACCCGCCUCCAAGAAGGCGAAGAGCAGCAAGCCUCCAAAGGUCCGACAGCUCAGGCUCGACGUCGUCACCACCGAUGCAGGCCACAAGGAGCUCGGCGCCAGCGCGGCCGAUCCUGUCGGCGACCAGAGGAAAAAGUCGGCGCUGCGCAGGGCGGCCGAAGCGCCCAUCCAGCCUCGCCGGUCCCUAUCGCAGCGACAGCGUCGCAAGCAGAGCAAGCUGCGCGACCGGGAACUCCGCAAUCUGGCCAGGCUCGAGGAGAAGAUGGAUGAAUGGGUGGAGCGGAGGGUGGAGAGGGAAAAUCUUGGGUUUCCCAGGAGGGUGCGGAUGGAUCCAGGGUCUCUACAAGAGCUUCGAACGAGGCGGCAAAUGCGCAUCGAAGCACAUGCGAGGCCAAAGGGAAAGAGCCGCAAGGAGAGGAAGGUGGAGAGGGCGGCUAGGAUCGCCCAGAGGGACGCCCGGAGAGCCGCUGCUGCACAGAAGGCGAAGCAAGCACAGCCGCCUCCGAUCGUUUGCAAGGCGGAGCCAUCUGAUGCCGGUACAGACGCUGUCGCCACCUCGUCCGCACCGUCGGCAGCUCCCCGUCGGCCCAACGUGGUGCGGUACGCCGAUAGGAUCGAGGGAAGCGGCUGGGAUCGGCCCAUCGUCGCGCUCGAAGAGGCAGCCGCGCGCGCCCACGAGCAGCCCCCAGCUCAGGCUUCGACGGUAUCGCAGCCUGCUCCGGCGGCCCCACCGCGGCAGCAGCAGCAGCAACCACCACAAGGCCAGGACGGCGCCGUCGACGAGGACGCGCGGUACGCAGUGCACGCGGCGCACUAUUACGGCGCGGCGACGAGGAUGCGCGGCAACCACGUUGUCGUCCACGGCGUGGGCAAGGGUGGUCUCCUCGGGCCGAACCAGUAG